CUCGGAUUCCCCCAUCCUCCUCUUAUAUCCUCACGUCCGCCCAUUGAGCAGAGCACGUUUGGAUAAUUCUCUUCACUCCUCACAUUGACUUUGGUUUCCCCUUACCUUCCUCCAUUCCACCUACCUAAUGGACCCCUCCAAGCCCGCGGUGUCGUCCACCCUGGGGGAAGCCAAGUACAUCGAAUUCCCCUGUCUGCCAGAAGGCACCAGACAUGCAGAUGGUUCUCUCGCGUUGAAUCGCUACUCUGCCACUAUCACUAGCGGCCAUGAUUUCCCCGGUGCGAAGGCGAUGCUUUACGCGGCCGGUAUCCCCGAUAAGACUGCCAUGGCACAGAGCCCCCAGGUGGGCAUUGCGUCCGUAUGGUGGGAGGGCAACCCAUGCAACAUGCACCUGUUGGAUCUGGGCAAGACCGUGAAGAAGGCGGUUACGGACCAAGGCAUGAUUGGGUGGCAGUACAAUACCAUUGGAGUGUCGGAUGCGAUUUCCAUGGGCAGUGAAGGCAUGCGGUUCUCCCUUCAGACUCGCGAGAUCAUCGCCGACAGCGUCGAGAGCGUGACGUGUGCUCAAUACCAUGAUGCCUGCAUCGCCAUUCCCGGAUGUGAUAAGAAUAUGCCUGGUGUGGUCAUGGGUAUGUCGAGACACAACCGGCCCUCGAUUAUGAUCUACGGCGGCUCCAUCCAGGUCGGAUACUCCAAUCUCCUUCGGAAGCGCAUCAAUGUGUCGACGUGUUUCGAGGCCGCGGGCGCGUAUGCAUACGAUACGCUUCGUCAGCCCGAUGAUGGAGGUGAUACUAGCAAGAACAAGGAUGAGAUCAUGGAUGACCUUGAGAGACAUGCUUGUCCUACUGCGGGUGCGUGUGGUGGUAUGUUCACUGCCAACACGAUGGCUACGGCAAUUGAAUCCAUGGGUCUCUCUCUGCCCGGAUCGUCUUCCACGCCGGCGUCUUCCCCGUCGAAGAUGCGGGAGUGUGUCAAGGCGGCCGAGGCUAUCAAGGUCUGCAUGGAGAAGAACAUCCGGCCUCAGGACUUGUUGACUAAGCGGUCUUUUGAGAACGCCCUUGUGAUGACCAUGGCCCUGGGAGGAAGCACCAACGGUGUGCUUCACUUCCUCGCCAUGGCUCGCACUGCGGGCGUCGAUCUGACACUGGAUGACAUUCAGCGGGUCAGCAACAAGAUUCCAUUCAUCGCGGACCUUUCCCCCAGCGGCAAAUACUACAUGGCUGACCUCUACGACAUCGGAGGCAUCCCGUCAGUCCAGAAGCUGCUGAUCGCCGGGGGCCUGCUGGAUGGCGAUAUCCCCACGGUGACGGGCAAGACUCUGGCCGAGAACGUGGCAUCCUUCCCGUCGCUGGCCGCCGACCAGGUCAUCAUCCGUCCCUUGGACAACCCCAUCAAGGCCACCGGCCACCUUCAGAUCCUGCGUGGAAACCUUGCCCCCGGCGGCGCGGUCGCCAAAAUAACCGGCAAGGAGGGACUCAAGUUCACGGGCCGGGCACGGGUGUUCGACAAGGAACACCGGCUCAACGAGGCGCUAGCCCAGGGGAAGAUCCCUCGCGGCGAGAACCUAGUCAUCGUCGUCCGUUACGAGGGCCCGAAGGGCGGGCCGGGAAUGCCGGAACAGCUCAAGGCCAGUGCUGCGCUGAUGGGAGCCAAGCUCACCAACGUGGCGCUCAUCACGGACGGAAGAUAUUCAGGGGCCAGUCACGGGUUCAUCGUGGGACAUAUUGUGCCUGAGGCGGCCACAGGAGGCCCGAUCGCCGUGGUCCGCGACGGCGACGUGAUCACGAUCGAUGCGGAAACCAACACCAUCUCCAUGGAUGUCUCGGAUGAGGAGCUCCAGCAGCGUCAGAGGGAGUGGAAAGCCCCCGCGCCUCAUGUCACGAGGGGCGUGUUGGCAAAGUAUGCUCAUUUGGUGGGAGAUGCCUCUCACGGCGCAAUGACCGAUCUGUUCUAGGCUUGUUGGGAUAACAGGGGUUUGAGUGACGUUCGAGUUUCCGAGUGUAAUUAGCAUUAUUAUUGUUAGCAGGUAAAAAAGUUUGUAGACUGUG